GAGAUCUACGAGGAGUAUGGUAGUACUGGGCUACUGACUGGGUGGGGGAAUGGUACCGAAACACUACAAUGGGCCAGGCCAUGGUGGAUACCGUACAACUGCAUCUGUACGUAAUCCCUCCAGGUGGCCCUCGCUAUAUAAAACUGACUCUGUCAACAGCACCAGACUAAGAAGUGACAGGUGUUCAGUCCUGUAUCAGCACCAGUUGAAGCAAAGGCAAGUCAUUGUGGACGUCAGCGAAGUCUGCCAAUAUGGUACUGGUUUGCCCAGAGCACAGAAUCAUAUGGGGGUCGCCUUGCCAAUCAACUGUACCCACACACCAACACCCACAUUCAGCGUUCUAACUUCUGGAAACAGGACCUGAUACACCAGCAAUCUUCAACAACUGUUUCUGUGUUAAUAGUAUCUUCUUAACGAUAAUGUAGCAGCAGUGUUGUCAAUUUGAC